UGGUGAAACCAAAGUACAGACGCCAUGGGUUCGUCUCGAAAAAGCAGAAGGAGAGAUAUGAUAAAGUAUCUGCAGGGCAAUUGACUCGAUGGAUUAGGGGAGCUAUCCUUACAGACCACAAUUACUCCGCCAGUGCAACCCCUGUCAGCGUUGAUCACGAUCACGAAUUGCCAAAUUUGAAUAUACUGGAAAGAGAGGAGAUGGUGGAUGGGGAAGAAGUGACUACAUCUGAGGAUUGGAAGGAGGGGAGGAGAGUAGUAGAACUUGGAGUGUUAGCUGAGGGCUUGCGGGGAUGUUGUAAAUGUGGCUUACCAUUACAACUUUCACACACUAUUUCUGUGUUGACAUAUGGUUUAGCUUCUUUGUUAAAGGUCUGUUGCAGCAAUACAAAGUGUAAUCAUAUUAACCAUGUAAAAACGGGGAAAAAACAUGGAAGAGUGUGGGAUGUAAAUACAAAGCUAUCAGCAGCAAUUGUACAUGUUGGUAUUGGUGCAACGCAAGUCAACAGUCUCCUUUCUGAGCUGAAUAUACCACCUGUAAGCCAUGCCAUGCUGGACAAAAGACAGAAAGAGAUAGGCAGAGCUGUUGAAGAUAUUGCUGCAGAGUCUAUGUCUGAUGCUUUGCAGAAGGAACUGGAAAUGAUGAAUGAAGAGAUGAACGAAAAUGGACUAGUUGUUGCUGUAGAUGCUGGAUGGCAAAAACGGGGUAGCGGAAAGACAUAUGAUAGUUUAUCAGGUCAUUGUUCCAUGGUUGGUCCUCUCUCCGACAAAGUAUUGUCAUACUCUCUGAGGUCUAAGAAUUGCAGAGUAUGCAGUGUAGCUGAAUCAACCAACAAGAAUCCAGCAGCCCAUGAGUGCUCAAAGAAUUGGGAGGGUAGUUCAAAGGCCAUGGAGGCAGAUAUGGUUAUUGAGAUGGUCCAAGAUCUACAGAAAAGUAAAGGAAUAACCAUUGAUGGAAUCAUUGGAGAUGAGGACUCUACCACUAUUGCAAGACUGAAAGCUAAUGUCAAUGCUGAUAUUAAGAAGUUGUCUGAUAAAAAUCAUCUAAAGAAACUGUUUACAAACUCUUUGUUUACCUUGAAGAAAAAACAUUCAUCUCUGACUUUGUCUGUGAUAAAGUACAUUCAGAAAUGCUUCAGUUACUCCAUAGCACAGGGAAAAGGAAAUGCUUCUCAAAUCAAAGAAGACCUUUCAUCAAUUCCAUUACACAUAUUUGGAGAUCACCAACACUGCUCCUCAAGGUGGUGCAACUUCAUUAACAACCCUAACCUGAGGUACAAGUCACUUCCACAUGGAAAACCCCUGAAAGAUAGGUUCCUUCAGGAUGAUCUGAAAGAAGUCUUCAGUUCAUAUGCAAGUCAUUCUGAUCGUCUUUCAUGCUUAGGAAGCACACAGUCGAAUGAGAGUUUUCACAGAAUGGUGUCUGCAAAAGCCCCAAAGACCCAUCAUUACAGCUCUUCUUCAAGCCUCAGAUACAGAGUUGCUGCAUGUGUAGCCCAGAAAAAUGUUGGACACAGAUAUCUUGUAAAGGUUAACAAGAAAUUGGGCCUCUCUCCUGGCUACUAUACUCGACGACAGUGCAUUCUGAGGGAUUUACAAAGAAAGCGACAGAAGGCCAUUUCAGUGACACAGAAAUUUAAAAGGAGAAGGAGAGAAUUGAAAGCCAGGAAAAUUCAAAGUAUUUCUACAAAAGAAACAAGGGAAGGCAUCAGUUAUUUAACAGGAUGUGAUCUCCAGCAGGCCUCUGACAUCGUUGAAAUUCCAGCUCCAAAAACAAUUCCAAAGUAUGAUCAUCUCCCUUCAAGUCAGCUGUUAAAUGCUGAAGAGAUCUAUUUUGAUUUGGAAACUACUGGACUCGCAAGGGAUUCUCAUAUUGUGCAGUUGUCUGCAGUUAGAAAUGAUGAGGUUUUCAACAAAUACAUCAUUCCAGAAAAACCAAUGUCCUCAAAAGCUACAGAAAUUACUGGAAUAAAAGUAGUCAACAAUAAAAUGUACCACAAUGAUGAGGAAGUUGAGACAGUCAGCAUUAAGGAUGCACUGAUCCAGUUUAUCGACUUCAUGAAGAAAUCGGAGUCAGAUGCUGUUCUAGUUGGACACAACUCCAAAGUGUUUGACCUUCCUGUGCUGUUCAACAUUUUGAGUAAAUUAAACAUUUUGGAGGCAUUCUCAUCUGCAGUCAUUGGUUUCAUUGAUACCUUACCUCUUUUCAAAAUUUCGCAUCCAAACCUUUCAUCAUACUCACAGUUACACCUCUUCGAAGAAAUUCUACAAGACAAAUACAGUGCGCAUGACUCAUUACAGGAUGUCUUAGCCUUGAAGAGAUUGUUGGACCAUACAGGACCUUCCCCUGAAGUCAAACUUGCUGCAUCUUUCACUUCAAACUCUGCCUUUGCCAUAUUCCAUCACAAGAACACAACAAAAAGUCUAAUGAGCACACUAAAGCCUUUAUUGGACCAAAAGGUGAUUUCGAAUGGAAUGGGAAAUAAGAUUGCCAGCAGUGGACUCUCCUUAUCACACUUACAACUGGCUUAUCGCAGAAAUGGUAGGGAGGGAGUACAGGAUGUGCUGACAGAGAUAACAGAUAACAGUGUGCGUGUGACAAAAUCUAGAAAAAUCAUUGAUUCUGUUGCAGAUUUUCUCAGAUCUGAGCAGUAACGCAGUUGUAUGAUGUUCUUUGUAUGUAACUAUGUUAUUGUUUGUUUGGUUGUUUGUUUGUUUGUUUGUUUGAUUUCUGUGAGCCAGUGCUCACUAGUAAUACCCUCACUCUGAUGUGAAUAUGGACAGACAGGAAUAAACAAAGUUAAUUGACAAUGGAUUCGUACAAAAAUGAAUCCAACCAUAUUUCAUGUCUAAAAAAUUUCAAGCAUCUGUGAUGAGUAGUUGUGGAGAAAACUGUGACAAAAAUUUAUUAUUUGUGGUACAGACAGAUGCACAGAUAAACAGGAAGUUGAAAUCAGAUUCGUCUAAAACCAAUUCCAACUGUGAUGAGUAGUUGUGGAGAAAACUGUGACAAAAAUUUGUUAUUUGUGGUACAGACAGAUGCACAGAUAAACAGGAAGUUGACAUCAGAUUCGUCUAAAACCAAUUCCAACUGUGAUGAGUAGUUGUGGAGAAAACUGACAAAAAUUUAUUAUUUGUGGUACAGACAGAUGCACAGAUAAACAGGAAGUUGACAUCAGAUUCGUCUAAAACCAAUUCCAACAUACGGCAUGGCUAAAGAAAGAGUGUGCUAAAACUUAAAGCAUCUGUGAUGAGCAAUUGAGCAUGAUGAGUGAUUGCUGAGAAAAAUUGGACAAAAAUUUGUUACUGACAGAAAGACACACAAGUGUAGAAAGAAAAACAUUAUAAACCCUGUGCUUCAGAGCAGGGGUAUAAUUAUGCCAUGUACUAUUGUUUUUUUCAAUGUUUAUUGUUAUAGGUAGUUUGUAGUUGAACAAAACAUUUUCUUUCCAUUCAAAAUAAAUCCUUAUUUAGAAAUUGACAACAAUUUAUUUUCAUUACCCAUAUUUUGAGCAUACAUGAAAAAUUAAAAGGUGUUCAUUGAUAUUUAUUGAAGAAGACUAUGUG